CUGCUGAACUCUUUGGGCUUGUUUGGUUAUCAGACCCAGCUCUGCUUUGCAUACGGCUGCAGAGGAGCCAGUAUUUUCAUAUUAGAUAUACUGUAUAAUUCUACAUUAGGAACACUGGGCUGUUCUUGUGUUCCUGCUUUGGGGAAACGAAGAUUUUAGGUAUUAAAACACUAUAAGAAAAACAGCUACCACAGAGCUAUUAUGCAUUAAUACAGUUACUAAAAUAAAACCUUCAUGCCAGCUGGAGCUUUGUCGGGUGAAACUAUGGGAGUGAACAAUGGAUCGGUUCUGCUGGAGGAAGAACAACAGGAGACAUCUACAGACAAAAGCUGGCUGGGUCAGUACAGACAGCUGGCUCAUUACUUCUCUCUGCUCUGCUUUCUGCUCAUCAUCAUCACUCUGCUCCAGACUCUCUGCUUGGUUCAGAUCACCUUGGUGUCACAGUCACAGUCUACCCUGCAGGAAAGCAAACUGAGAGAUGUGACACACAGACUGGAGAAGCUCAACCAGUCAUAUCGCCUCCUGUUCUCCCAGUAUCCAGCUCUGAACCAGUACUGUCCAGUCAGCAACGCCACCACCGGUGAGAGAGUGUGCAGACCAUGUCCAGCCGGCUGGACGCUUCAGGGAGAGAAAUGUUUCCUGUUCAGUCAGGACAGGGCCGACUGGAUCAGCAGCCAGUACCGCUGCAUGGCACUGGGUGGCGCUGUGGCCACAGUCAGGACAGAGGAAGAACAGUUGUUUCUGUGGAAAACGGCCCAGAGUCUGAGCCAGGGAGACUCCUACUGGCUGGGCCUGAGGAUCAGUGGUGAUGGCAAGGGCUGGCAGUGGAGUAACGGCUCCCCGGUGGAGAAGGGACUAGGGUUUUGGGAGCGUGAGCCCGAUAAAACAGACAGCAGGGAGCUGUGUGGUCGGCUCACACCCAGAGACAACUACAGGAAGAGCUGGUACACCUACAGAUGCUCCAACCUGCUGAGGAGGAUCUGUGAGAGGAGACAAGCUACUCUACAGUGAGAGGAGAGGAGAGGAGAGGAGAGGAGAGGAGAGGAGAGGAGAGGAGAUGAGAAGAGAGGAGAGGAGAUGAGAGGAG